CCUUGACAACGAGAACAGCGCUAUCAUCAUGAGCAAUGGAAGGCGAGACUGUGAAGAACAAAGAACACCCGCUUGCCGGGGUGGUUCUUUGCUUCACUUCUAUCCUUCCUGAACAGAGGUCUAAGCUCGCCGAAAUUGCUGGUCAAAUGGGAGCUAUCCACAAGUAUGACUUGACCUCCGACGUGACCCAUCUUUUAGUCGGCGAAACAAAUACCGAGAAGUACAAGUUCGUGGCGCGCGAACGCAGUGACGUUUUGGUGUUGAUGCCCGAGUGGAUUGAGGCUGUGAGACAGUCAUGGAUGGACGGAGGUGAUACCGAUCUGCAUGCCUUAGAGCAGAAAUACAGAUUGCCUACAUUUUACGGGCUGUCCAUCUGUGUGACUGGGUUCGAAGACGCUUCGUAUCGGAACUAUCUGCAGGAAACGACCAUAGCAAAUGGUGCCGAAUUUCGAAAAGACCUAACCAAAACCGUUACGCAUCUUAUCGCUCACCAACCUAGUGGCCAGAAAUAUAAAUUUGCAACACAAUGGCAAAUAAAAGUUGUCACUGCAAAAUGGUUCAGUGAUAGCUUGGAGCGGGGAAUGAUCCUGGACGAGACCCGUUACGAUCCAUUACUUCCGCCUCAUGAACAGGGUGUCGGCGCGUGGAACCGUGGCCCACUUCAAGUGCCUAUCAAGAGAAAAACAACUUCCGAAUCCUCCAAUAUUCGAUCUCGUAAAUUACGGAGAGUAGCGAGCAGUAAGCUCGGUGAGCAAAAUGAGGGGAUCUGGGGUGAUAUAAUUGGCAGUGGAUUCAGUUCGUCUGAUAAGGGCAAUUCUGUUUCUAUUGAUAAACGGUCUUCGGUCGACACACAGACGAAAGAAAAUUCAGUCGCUCAACAAAACAAGACAUUGAACAACGAGUUACUUGCGGACCGUUCGAGCCCAGUUAUUCCCGAUGAACGUACAUCUGUGGAGCAAAAUGGCUUUCUACAAGGUUGCUACUUCUACAUCCACGGAUUCACUUCGAAGCAGGUGGAUGUUCUUCGACAUCAUCUUGUUGUGAACGGGGCAAACCUUGUACAGCAUCUCAGUGACUUUUCGAGCCACAAUAUUCCUAAGAAUGGAAAAUGUCUAUACAUCAUCUCAUCGUAUAAAAUCCCCCGAUCCGAGGUUCCUUCUACAGAUGACAAAGGUUUCAGCUGCGAACAAGUCACUGACAUGUGGCUGGAACGCUGCUUGGACGCAAACUCCCUCGUUUCCCCUGAGAUUCAUGUUAUGAGCACCCCAUUUCCACACAUGCCAUUGAAAGGUUUCGAGGGUUUAAAAAUCUGCUCGACAGGGUUUGCAGGGAUUGAUCUACUUCAUAUAUCCAAGAUGGUGUCCGUGAUGGGUGCCCAAUAUGAAGAGUAUCUUACACCCAAUGUGUCAGUUCUCAUAAGCAAUGAUUCACGAGCUGCGAACACCGAAAAAAUCAGACACGCUCUAGGAUGGGGAAUACCUGUCGUGUCUGCUGACUGGCUCUGGAUUUCUGUACAGUCCGGAAAGAUGAAAGUAUUCGAACCUUAUAUGCUGCACAAGUCUACCACCCAGACCAAAGAGAUAAGGCAUGAACAGUCCAAAGCUGUACCAGAAAGGUCUGGUAUUAAGCAUGAAUUAUUUUCUUCGUGUUCAGAAGCAAACGCGAAUUCUCAUGUUCGCCAAACUUCCGCUUCUGCAUUCGAACUGAAUGAUUCUGCAUGCGGUGAAAUACACGAAACACUAAAACCGUCUGUGAGCAACAUAAAAAUGGAGUCUAUGUCAUCUGUAUCUCGACCUCCUACGGAAGGUGGUGAUAAUAAAGCCAGUCAAACCCCCGUGAAGACAGUAUCAGAUGACAAUUCCGUCCCGCAGUCUAAUAGAUCGUCUGAGAACCUAGAAUCUUCAAUGAACAGGUUUCUCAAGAAGGCAAGGGAACUAACACGUGCAAGAAGUAUCCUGGGAGGAGAAAACGGAUCUCGACGGCGCAGACCAAAUCUGGGGAGAAGAAACUCCUCAUCAUCCAGUAAGAUGGAAUUCAAAAGAACCGAUUCUCAUGUUAGCGUCAGCUCUAUUGAUACGCUGAACGAGGACGGAUAUGGUAGUGCUGUGAGUGCUGAUACCGACGUCAACAAUCAGCUUACGGCUAGACUAUCUCGAAAUCUCACAGGCCAAAGUCUUUCUUCUCUAUUGAGCAGCAGUAAGUUUACGAGAUAUCUUGACUCUCCAAUUCCCGAGAACGAUGAAUCGCUGGACGAGGAGAAUGGAACCCCUGCAAUGACACAACUCAACUACGAAGACCCAAACGCAAUGGCGGCGCGAGAGGAGAUAAUGAGGCUUGCACGCAGAGGAAAUGUUAACGAGGCUCACGUUACAGAGAUCUUGAAGCAAAAAGAAGCUAUCCAACCACAGGCGGUAGUAGAUGAAUUCCCUCAGGUCAUUGACCACCAAGGGGGACGUAUGACGGCUAGACGAACACGAAGAUCCGCUGGUAAGCAGCAGGAAGAAGGAUUUUUAUAGUCUAAUACAAGAAGAAUUGUGGCAUCCUCAAGUAGAAUGAGUCCUGCCCUGGUAGCUAUGAUAGCCUAAUGCUGCUCCUGUACGUAGAUUUGAGACACCCUACCCUAGAAAUGACUGGAUCUUAUGUGAUCAUUGUGAUGCAUUUGUGUCAAGCAGAUACGAGAUCAUUCAGUACUCGUCUCAGGAGAAGCGAUUAGAUACAGGAAACAAUUUUGAAUUCAAAUACACCUUUUAACACGCCAAUGUACGCCGCUCAGAGUAUGAAUAUAGAUAAUAACAUUCUUUGUCAGCAGUGAGCUGGAAGACAUUAUAAUGCACGAAGAGAAACCAGAUUUUUCAUAAACGAAAGGGAAAAGGAAGAAAAAGAAGGGGGGUAUUGAACAUGAUAAAAAUGAUGAUAUAAUACUACAUAUAUGGAUAAAGGGGAGACAUGACGGGCGUCGGAGCGUUCGUGUACAUUGUCAGUUUGUCGUGUCAAACAGUCAGGUGAGGAGAGAAUUCUAGCAGCAUUUGCUCUCUUAUUGAGCUAAAGCUCCCGGUAGAGGGCCUUCAAGGUCAAUUUGAUCGACGGUUCUUCGACUUUCUUGAGACUCGCGGAACAAAUUGGCGAAAUACUUUCUCGCAACUUCACUCUCCUGUUUGAUCUUGGUGACUUCCUCUUUGCGACGCGCUAGAUCCUCAACCCCCUGAACAAGCUGCGAAUGUAAUGUGGAAGCCGGGAUGCCCAGUACACGGCGGACUUGAGCCGAGAUACGUGAAGCGUUGGAAUGAACGUAGUCUACUUCGGCUAGGGAAGCAGCUAGUUUGCGUGAAAGGCGGGGAGGGAGAGUCUGGGGAAUGAUUGAGAGUACGUAGGCUGUUGUCAGAAUAGCUG